AUGCACCCAGUAACGAUGCCAUCUACCGCGGAGAAUCGAUUUUGGUUGAGUUCACGACCACGGGAGAGGCUGUGGUUGGCCCCUACGACAUCGACCUCAUCAAAGGAGCCAAUCAGGUGGGAGUCAUGUAGGAGAGAGGUGGCUGCUUGGUGCAGCGAGUCGGUAGGUUGCGACGUCGCCGAUGGCUCGGUGUUGGUGAGAAUAUCAGCCAACGAAGAGGCUGGACUUGGCUAUUUCAUCGAAGUGACCGACCGAAUUUUAUCCGUUUCGGGACGGAGCUCGUACUUCGAACUCCUGGAGCCACCAAGCAACUCUUCCUCCGUCGUGGUACCAGAGUACCAAGACGAGGCCGGAGGAACGGGUGUCGGGGACAUGAGCUUGGCUUUGCUCAUCGUGGCCGGAAUCUGCGGCGUCGCCAUUAUUGCCGCCCUGUUAGCGGGUUGCUUCAUUAUGUGCCGUCGCCGCAGCGCCGAGAAAGCGAAGACCGCGGAUGAAGCCCACGACCUCGAGCUAGGUGGCGUGCUCGACCGCACGACCCCCGGCAGGUCGAACGACUUGAACACUUCAGAGGGACGCGGCUUCAGCAUGGGCAACCCUCUCAAAGGGCGCACGGCGUCGCGAUCGACCGACGCCGAUAAAAUGUCGUACGGCGCCAGCCCCGCUGGAACGGAUGGGCCGUCGAGUCAAACCCACCCCAGCCCCGGGAGAUGCAUAGCUAUGGGCGAGAACCAGCGCAGCCGCUCGCUGUCACGGGGCCGCUCCGAGGGGCCCCGCAUGUACAGAUCUAGUCCAGGCCAGGUCUCCGCCACCUCAGGUUCGCCCGGGGCAGAGGGCGCGUACACCCCAGUAAGGUCUGGAAGUUCCAGGACCCCCCGCCGGACCAUGUCCAGCGGUAGACACGACCUUCGUGGGCGCCAGAUGUACGACCACUCGGUUGAUGAGGGCUACGACGGUGGUAGAGGUAGGAGGUCCUUCAGAUCCCCCAGAGCUUAUGUUUCCAGGUCCAGGAGCGCCGGACGCUCGCGAAGACCCCCCAGAGGCGACGAGUUUGACCGCGGGGAACGCCAGUUGUCAGUGACGCCAGGCCGCAGGCGUCCCAGCGGCAUCAGCCCAGAUGGAAGGCGUUCUCGUUCUCCUCACGUCCUUGGUAUGCGCCGCAGCAAGUCCGAAGGCCGCGCAGAUGAUCAUUCACAGGAUUCGGCACGCUACGAGACGGUGGAAGAAGAUGUCGAUGCCUCACGGUGGGAGCAUGACGGCAUGAUGCCCGCGGUGGGGACGAUUGAACGGGGCAGAAGGAGUCAGCGCCUGGCGAUGGCCAACUCAUGGCGGUCGAAGUCGAUGCACGACACAUCGAAGUUGGGCAGGCUAGACAGCAAAAGUCAAUACGACUGGGAAGCCAACGCGAGGAGCAAAUCCGCCACACCUUCCCGUCAGACCUACAGGAAUGAACAGCCUGAUGUCGACCAAGAAUUUCCAUCAGACGUGAGCUGGGAAGAGCUACGGUCCACUCACCUCAGGAACAAGAGCAAGGUCCGCGUCCGCAAAACGUCCUCCCUGCCGCCGUCCUACGGCGACGCUAUGGACGGCGGCGCAGGCGGCAACGGCUCCCCUGAUGACCGCCCCCCUCCCCCUUCUUACGGCCCCCGCGACGCUAACAGCUUCACCUCGCAGCUGUCGAUCGGCAUCCCCGACGGUCCCUCCCCUAGCUCGUUCCAAAGCAUCAGGAGCUCCAGGUCCGCCCGCCCCGGUCUGUUCGGCGCUUUCGGAAGCGCUAGGCGGUCUGUUACUUCCGCCGGAUCGUCCGGCAAGUCCGGGAACUUCGGGCUUUCGCCUGGCACGCGCGCGGUUAGCGCCAGAAAGGCGGCGAGGGAUGCACAGCUCUCGGCCGAGAGGGCGCUGGCCGCCGCCGCGAUGGCGUCGCGAGCGGCGGAUCUCGCAGCGCAGGCGGCGUUGGAGGCGGAAGCUGAGGCCGACGAGGAUCAGGAGGUGGUGAUGUCUCCGCGAUCAACGUCUUCGGCGGGCGGCGAGGUCGAGGGCUCGUCUGUUCGCGAAAAGAUCAAGGUCUUCAGCGGUAGGAGCGAGAGCACCGGUAGCGUCGACAAGAUGGGCCGCGGCAGCCCUGCCCUUCCUCGGGGAAGAUCGCCGUAUGCACGAGGCCUUGCUCGGGGCUGGUCCCAGGCCGACGAGGAAGAGGUUAAGGCUAGGGCAGAGCAGUCCUCGGCUAAUGCCAAAGAGGCUUUGGCCUUGAUGGGACAUUCGAACAGCAGCACCGGCAAACCCGACAAUAGUUGGGUCAAAAAUGAGGUGAGGGGGCCGGACACCGCCGGCGGGAGUACCAACGAGGGUGGUCGCGCCGUUGGUGGCGACCGAAACCUUUCCCCUGCCAUCACCGCGCCCGUGCCCGCGGUACCCAGCGACCUGGAGCAGCUCGCCAUAAAGCGGAGGGCGUUCGUGAAGCAGUACAGCCAGAGCGGCACAAGCGAUUAUGCUGAGGAUUCGGAUUAUUCUGUCUUCGACAAUACUGCGGCUGCUGCGGCCGGGAAGUCAGGGACGUUGGUGAUGAUGGCAAAUGCGUCCGAAUCGGGCAGCCCGAGGGCAGAUCUCCCAUAGUCAGACAGGGCACAACAGGGCGAUUGAUUCGGUG